AUGUUUCUAGCGCCCAUCCACUUGCUAAGACGCACUGCAACUACACCAUCCCAUCUACAUACCAUAAAAUUCUUUCUGAUUUAUUUUUUGCCGGUCGCAUUGGCGGGAGUGCUGAAUACCCUGCCGAUUGUAGACUUGGGAUACGAACAACACAGAGCCAGUUUUCUGGAUGUAGGAUACAUCUCAUUUAUAGACGAAAUAUCAGACCUGGCGCUAACUCAUACAUAUACCACUUCGAACCAAUACAAUUUUUCAAAAAUCCGCUAUGGUCAAGCUCCCAUUGGGGAUCUCUGCUUUAAAGCCCCGCUAUCCCCUAAGGGGCGAAAUCCGAAACUUCAACUUGGGGAGGUGGGAAGAAUUUGCCCAGAGGCGUUCCCGCAUUGGUUUCGCAUUUCCGAGGAAUUUGCUGCCAAUUUCUCAGCUGGAACUGGUGCAACUUUUAAUUUGACUGCUGCUGAGAUAGGAGCAAAACAGCACUUUGAUUCUACUGCUCUGAAGCCUGACCCUCGAAUCACUGAAGACUGCCUUUUCCUCGAUGUGGUUACCCCCAAAGCAGCAUUUGAUAAUGCACAGAAGUACGGCAGGAAUUCUUCGUUAGGCGCGCCUGUCGUCAUCUGGAUACACGGAGGAGGGUAUGUCGGUGGGUGUAAAAACCAUCUCGGCGGCGUCAACUUGCCCACGAUACCCACUACGCUUAUUAAAUCAAGCCAAGUAGCAGAUAAACAAGGGAUAGUAUUCGUGAGUAUUAAUUACCGUCUUGGUGCCCUUGGCUGGCUAGGUGGCGCCUCCAUUGUGCGAGCUGGAGGAGUCGCCAAUGCGGGCCUCUAUGAUCAACAGCUGGCAAUAAAAUGGGUUGUGGAUCACAUAUCUCUAUUUGGCGGUGAUCCAAGCAGGAUUAAAUUGCUUGGGGAAUCUGCUGGUGCCAUUGUCCAGUCUCCUGGCUACUGGCCAAUUUUCGAUCCGGAUCUUGCUGAAUCAGCAACGAAACAAUUCUUGGCUGUUCUGAAUGUCAGUUCCGUCGAGGAAUCUCGGACUCUGGACUCUGCGACUGUGAUCAAAGCAAAUCAACUUCAAAUCAACAGAUCUCCUAAUAGGUACUUCGGAUAUGACCCUACGGUUGACAGCCUCUUCGUGCCUGACCUUCCUCACAUCCUCUUGUCAAAGGGGGCGCAUACUAAAAAUGUCAAAGUCAUGACGAGUUAUACAAAUAAUGAAGGGCCACUUCUUGCGCCCUCAAUCAUCAAUUCGAGUACCGGACUCGAGUUUCUAAUUCGUAUCCUCUACCCCGGAGUCUCUGUUAAGUCGAUUGACUACAUUGCCGAGAAAUUGUAUCCCCAAGUUUACGAUGGUUCUUAUCCCUAUCACACCUCGCUCGAGCGUUCGGAUCUAGUAUUUGCGGAUUGCCUGAUUCACCUCUCUAACAAUGCCCUCUCCAAGGCGUUGGAGAACAAAACCUAUGCUUAUAGAUUCUCAAUACCUCCCAGUGUUCAUGGACAGGACGUUGCGUAUACAUUUUAUAACCAUGGUGAUCGGGAGGUAGAUCCUCGAGCAGCUGAGACAAUCCAAGGAUAUAUUGCAAACUUUGUUCGGAGUGGAAAUCCUAAUGGCUUUAAUCUUCCUUACUUUGCAAUGCAGGGGAAGAAUUACAGUAUGAAUAACGUUGGCGUGAAUGGUACUCAGACCUUUGUUGACCCGGCCCGUGGACUAGCAGUAGACUACUGGGCCAGUGGGAAGAUUUGGGAUGAUAUUCUCUAUUAG